UAUUAUAUCAUUUUUUGCCUUAUUGUAUAAAAAAAUCCAUUAUCCUAUUCCCACUUCAUUUCCAUUUUCGCCAUAUUAACUUUGCCUUGUCUGCACUCUAUUCCCGUGGAUUUCCAUUUUUUGCCCUUUGAUUUUUUGUGCUGAGCAUUACGUGAAUGCAUCAUCACGCCAUCAUAUCCAAUUGUGCAGCAACCCACCACAAUGCCUUGUUAUUCACUCUCAGUCCUUCCAUAUACCGAAACCCUAGUUCUUCUAUAAUCCCCCGACACAGAAACAAGUUUGGUUAUUCAAUUCUCAAUUGUCGAGGCAUUGAAAUUUCUAUCCCUAAACUCCGUGGCCCUAAUAAUAAUGGCUUCUCCACAAAAUUCACAAGUAUCGCCGCCGCUGCUGCUGUGAAAGAUAUUGAUAUUGCCACUCUUGGAAAUCUCUGUGUCGAUAUUGUUCUCAAUGUCCCCCAAUUACCUCCUAAGAAUUUACAACUACGCAAGGCCUAUAUGGAACACUUGUCUAAAUCCCCUCCCGAUAAGCUGUACUGGGAGGCAGGUGGAAACUGCAAUGUGGCUAUAGCAGCAGCAAGGCUUGGCCUUCACUGCAUUUCCAUUGGUCAUGUAGGCGAUGAGAUCUAUGGACGCUUCCUCAUUGAUGUGCUAAGUGAUGAGGGUAUUAGUAUAGUUGGGAUGAAUGAGCAAAGUGAAGCACUUAAUCUUUCAAGUUCUAACAAUGAGACACUACUAUGCUGGGUGUUAGUGGACCCUUUGCAGAGACAUGGUUUUUGCAGUCGUGCAGAUUUUAGUGCAGAUCCUGCUUUCAAUUGGAUGAGCAGACUACCUACUGAAGUAAAGUUGGCUAUUAAAAAAUCAAAGAUCCUCUUUUGCAAUGGUUAUGACUUUGACGAGCUCUCCCCAAGCCUUCUUGAAUCUGCUCUUGAGUGUGCUGUUGAAUCUGGGACAUCUAUCUUUUUUGACCCCGGACCACGAGGUAAGAGUCUUAUCGCAGGAAGACCUGAAGAACAAAGAGCAAUUGGCAAGUUGCUGAGAAUGAGUGAAGUGCUUCUACUGACUUCCGAGGAGGCUGCAUCUUUAACUGGUAUCAGUGAUCCAAUUUUAGCGGGCCAGGAGUUGCUCAAUAACGGAGUUUGUACUAAGUGGGUAAUUGUUAAGAUGGGUCCAAAGGGUUCUAUUUUAAUCACCAAGUCUAGCAUAACUUGUGCACCUGCUUUCAAGGUCAAUAUUGUAGACACUGUGGGCUGUGGAGAUAGUUUUGUGGCUGCAGUUGCAUUUGGCUUCAUACAUGACUUGCCCUUGAGUUAUACAUUAACCCUUGCAAAUGCAGUCGGUGCUGCAACUGCUACAGGGUGUGGUGCUGGUAGAAAUGUUGCCAGUUUGGAGAAGGUCCGGGAACUAUUGAAGGAAUCAAAUUUGAAUGAGGAUGACAAAUUUUGGGAUGAAGUACUGAAUGAUAAUGUGAACUCCCAAGAUGUAACUGUACUGUCAAAAAUGGUUGUAAAUGGUAAGAGUCAGGUGAACCGUGUCUCCCUGCAAAAGGUGGUAUCAGAAGUGCUGCCUAAGCUUGAAUUUGCACCAAAGAUGACUCUGGCUCCUUCAAAUAGAUGAAGCAGUUUUCUGGGAUAAAUAGAUUUUGUAGUUGUUACCAUCAUUCUGAUUGAUUGUUGCAUAUUCACCACCAUGGAAAGAAAUGCAUGAGUUGGAGGUGGUCUAGCUUGCGCAUUAUGAGGUGCACAGUUGUGUUAGGGUUGCUACCUUGCUGCCUGCUGGUGGUCGAAUUGGCAGUUUUGUUGAUUGAGUAAAAAGGUGUUUGUGCAUUAGUGUUUGUGGGAAAUUGCAUGAUCAAGCAGCCUGCAAUUCCUGCUUGUUGAUGUUUCUGAUUGUUUCAACGUGCACGCGUACAAAGCUGUGUGUUGCUUCCUGUACUUCGAGCUUUACAGCUGCGAUCGCCUGGAAUACCAGGUUUACUGUUCAUUUAAGCUUGAAGGCUACUCUUAACAUAUAGAAGGAAAAAUAGGAUAGCUGUUUUGCAAUAGAUGCCAUACACAAUAAUUUUUCUAGUUUAGGAUGUGUAGAAGACCAAUACAUGUUUGCAACAUGAAUGCCGCUUUCACCAUUUAUAAUAAAAAUGGUUGAUCGCUCAA